AUGUCUGACAACGUUGGUCUGAACACUCCUCGUGGCAGUGGCACCUCUGGCUACGUCCAGCGCAACCUCGCUCACAUCAAGCCCCGUGACUAUGGCGCCCCCUAUCCCAAGGAUCUUGACAGCUUGCGACACAAGCAAAGACAACCAGACAAGGGAAUUCUGGAGCAUGACCGCAAGCGCGAGGUCGAGGUUAAGGUCUUUGAUCUCAGAGACAAGCUAGAAGAAGAAGAGGUUGAUGAAGAUGAGAUUGACAAACGAUGUGAUGAGCUUCGACAGAAAUUGCUAGCUGAGAUGAACUCGGGAAGACGGGGAGGCGGUCCCAAGAAGCCAUUCAAGCAGCACCAGGUGCAUGAGAUGGCUGAUGCCAAGAUCAAGGAGAGCGAGCGACUACGGAAAGCACUCAAGAUCAGUGCUGACUACGAAGAGGGUGGUCAUUGGAAGCGACAAGAAGAAAGGCUACGUAGCGCUUUGGAGAAGGAAGACAAGGACCAGGAGGACGAGAGGAAAAGCGAAUCUAGGGAUUAA